AUGCGGUAUCAGAUGGCGGGUGGAAACAGAAGUCCGAAAGCGCGCCAGCCGGCCGGUAUAGCUCCUGGUGGAAAAUCGUGUCAGCAGCUUUGUAGCCGGCGAAUGACCGUAUCCGUGCACACUGAGGAGACUUGCUGGCUUCUGCACGUCAGAUAA